UCAGAGCCCCCGCUCUCCUGGCCCCGGCUCGCCCGCGCCGCCCGGCCGCUGACUCAGCCGCAGCCGGGCCGCUGCCCGCCGCGCCGGCCCGGGCCUCUCGCAGCAAAGCCCUGUUCCCCGCGCGGUCCGCCACCCCGCCGGGGACCGCCGCGGUCGCCCCAGGCUCCCUCGAGCGCACGGGACGGGCCAGGCCAGCUGUGGCUGGCAUGCCCCGCCUCUCCCCUGUGAUGCCUGCCUGCUCCCUGACUCUCCUGGCACACUCUGACCCAAGGUCCCGAUGAAGUAGUGAUCUCUCCAACCAGCAGGAGUAGAAAAUGGUACCAGUCAAGCCCCAGCCGGAGGAGGAGCCUGCGGUCACUGCCCCGAGAUGGAGGAGGCCACGCCAGAGCCCGCCUACGUGGACGUGGACAAGGGGCUGACCCUGGCCUGCUUCGUCUUCCUCUGUCUCUUCCUGGUUGUGAUGAUCAUUCGCUGUGCCAAGGUCAUCAUGGACCCCUACAGCGCCAUCCCCACAUCCACCUGGGAGGAGCAGCACCUAGAUGACUGAACAUAGGGCAGGGAGUGAGAAGGAUGUAAGACUGAGACUUGAGCUGUGUCCCAGCAUGCAUCUCUGUGUGCCCUGCCGCCCAUGUGUGGAGAUGACUCCUCCCAUGAUCUCACAAGGUUCCCGGGAGCCUGGCAGUGAGAUGCCCGAGUGUUGUGGGGGUCCCAGCGAUGGAACAGCCUGAGGUGGGCAUGCUGGGCCAGAACCUAGGGGGCUAAGGUUCCAGUCUGGGAGUUGCUGGGAAACCAAAAAGAGACAUCCUUGCCAGACUUCCAUGCACCUGCAGAUCUGGGUCCUGAGCAGACACUCC